AGGAAGGAGAUCAAUGGCAACUGAUAAGGUGGUGGAGACUGUGAUUGUUGGGAAUUAUGUGGAGAUGGAAACUGAAGGGAAGCCUAAGGGUAUGAAAAGCAGGAUUUCUAAGAUCUUUUGGCAUGGUGGUUCUGUUUAUGAUGCCUGGUUUAGCUGUGCUUCUAAUCAGGUGGCUCAAGUGUUGCUUACAUUGCCAUACUCAUUUUCCCAGCUGGGGAUGCUCUCUGGCAUUCUCUUUCAGCUGUUCUAUGGGUUGCUGGGUAGCUGGACAGCUUAUCUCAUUAGCAUACUCUAUGUAGAAUACAGAACAAGAAAAGAAAGAGAAAAAGUUGAUUUCAGGAACCAUGUCAUUCAGUGGUUUGAGGUUCUUGAUGGACUCCUUGGAAAACACUGGAGGAACGUGGGUUUGGCAUUUAACUGCACUUUUCUUCUGUUUGGAUCUGUCAUUCAACUCAUAGCUUGUGCAAGCAACAUAUAUUACAUAAAUGAUAAUCUGGACAAGCGGACUUGGACUUACAUCUUUGGGGCUUGUUGUGCCACCACAGUCUUUAUUCCUUCAUUCCACAAUUACAGAAUCUGGUCCUUUCUUGGCCUUGUCAUGACCACCUACACUGCAUGGUAUCUCACCAUUGCCUCCCUCCUCCAUGGCCAGGUAGAGGGAGUCCGGCAUUCUGGUCCGACCAAGCUGGUGCUGUACUUCACCGGGGCCACAAACAUUCUCUACACAUUUGGGGGACAUGCUGUUACUGUGGAGAUCAUGCACGCAAUGUGGAAGCCUCAGAAGUUCAAGGCUAUAUACCUGCUAGCCACACUGUAUGUGCUGACACUGACACUUCCCUCGGCUGCUGCUGUCUAUUGGGCAUUUGGAGACAUGCUUCUCAAUCACUCAAAUGCUUUUUCUCUUCUCCCAAGAACUCCCUUCAGAGACAUGGCUGUCAUUUUAAUGCUUAUCCACCAGUUCAUAACAUUUGGGUUUGCAAGCACGCCACUUUAUUUUGUAUGGGAGAAAGCAAUCGGGAUGCAUGAGUGCAAGAGCCUGUGCAAGAGAGCAGCAGCAAGAUUGCCGGUGGUCAUUCCAAUUUGGUUCUUGGCCAUCAUUUUCCCAUUCUUUGGACCCAUCAACUCUACCGUAGGAUCCCUCCUCGUUAGCUUCACUGUCUACAUCAUUCCUGCCCUGGCCCACAUCUUCACCUUCAGAUCAGCCACUGCCCGAGAGAAUGCAGUGGAGCAACCACCGAAGUACUUCGGGAGAUGGGUGGGGACGUACGCGAUCAACAUCUUUGUAGUGGUUUGGGUGCUGAUUGUUGGGUUUGGAUUCGGUGGGUGGGCGAGCAUGACAAAUUUCAUUCACCAGAUUGACACAUUCGGGCUCUUCACAAAAUGUUACCAAUGCCCACCGCCAGCAAUGCCAGCUUUACCACCACCUCACGGCCUCAACGCCACCGCGGCUGCUCCUCUACACCACCCUUUCAACCACACUCGCAGCCCUUGAUUCGUCUCAACUUACAGGGUUUCCCCUCAUGGCUUAACUACAACCAUAAAUAUGUCAUCGUGUCAUUUGCACACUUUGGUCAUCUUUGUUUCUUCAGGCUGUAGACAGAGAAGAUUAAAAUUGGGAGUUAAAUGGAAGUUCAUGAAUCAGAUUAAUUAUCUUUGACUAGUCCAGUCAAUUCCUGUAUACACAAAUGCCAUCCUUUUUGAGUCUUUCUCUGUCUUUUUUAUUUGGGUUAGAGAGUUUGUAAUGCAUUUCCAAGAGAAAAACAAAAAAAAAAAAGGAAACAAAGUUUGUAUGAAAAAAUUGAAGAUCUCUACUCCUAGGUAUGGUUCAGUCUCUUAUGAUAUAAGAUUAAUGUCAAGCAUUUCCUUGCACAUUUGAUCCUGCAUUUGGA